AAGAAAAAAGAUUGGUUAUCAAAACAUGGGUGGGACCCAGGUGAGUGAGUCCAUACCUCUGUAAGCAUAUAAAUUCAGAGAAGAUGAGUGGGGGUGUGCAAAUCAACAGUCAUGUAUGAAGCCUGCUUCAAUAACAAGUUCACAAAUGCCCUUGUUUUUUACAUUUUCUUGUUACUUUUGCUUCUGGUUUCACCCUUUCUUUUCUUCUGGGAACUCAUCCACACUGUCCGUUCAUGUUUUCGAUGUUCCGAAAACAUGUCUGGAAAAGUGGUUUUGAUUACUGGUGCAUCAUCUGGACUUGGAGAGCUCAUGGCAUAUGAGUAUGCAAAACGCGGCGCAUAUCUAGCGAUUAUAGCAAUAAAAGAACCCGAGAGUAGACUCGAGCAAGUAGCGGAUAGAGCUCGUGAACUCGGCUCUCCUGAUGUUCUCUACAUGUUUGCUGACGUGUCAAAAGUCGACGAGUGUAGGAUGUUCGUAGAUAACACCAUUAAACAUUUUGGUCAUUUGGAUCAUCUUGUUUGUAAUGCAGGAAUUGGACCCAUUUAUUCUAUCAGACAUGAAGUCACCAAAUUCGUACCUGUCAUGGACAUAAACUUUUGGGGCUCGGUUUAUCCAACUCACUUUGCGAUUCCGCACCUCAUGAAAACCAAGGGAAAGAUCAUUGUCAAUGCCUCAUCUGCUGGAGUGUUGCACCCACCGAAAGGCGGCUUCUACAAUGCAAGUAAAGCGGCAUUGAUCAGCUUCUAUGAAUCCCUUAGAUUCGAAGUAUCUCCGACAAUAACGAUAACAAUCUUGACACUUGGGUUCAUACAAACAAACCUCAUAACAGCAGAAUAUUCUACCAAAGGUUUUGGUGUGCGUUUAAGAAAAGAUGUCAAAGAUGUACUCCCAACAAUGGGUGCUGAACCAUGCACGAAAGCCAUCGUUGAUGGCGUAUGCAAAGGAGCAACAUCUAUUACAGAACCAAGGUUCAUGAAGGCUCUCUUCUUGAUAAAGUUCUUGUUCCCACAACUACAUAGUUUUUAUUUCAAUGUAGGUGUUCCCUCAAAGAACAGAAGACUGAAAAGGGAUGAAUAAACCUAGACAUACAAAUGUUGGUGA